AUGUUUUGGAAGUCAUCAGACGAGGUUUACAAGCGCGACCCCGGCAGGCCCUCCGAGACGUACGAGUGCGGCUGCCACUGCGGCUACAUCAAGUUCGCCGUCACCCUCUCGCCGCCGCUGCCCGAGUACGAGGUCAUGGAGUGCCACUGCUCCGUCUGCCGGCGCAUGGGCUACCUGCUCGUCUACCCCCACCGCAAAGACGUCAAGUGGCACGGCGAGUCGCACGAGCGCUGCGCCGUCUACCGCUUCAACACCAAGCAAAAGGACCAGCUGUUCUGCCCCAGGUGCGGCGCCAGCCUGGGCAUCGACUUUCGCGACUUCAACAAGCCCCGGUUCGACGGACCGUCUGGCCCCCCUGUCAUCCAGGUCCGGACCUUCAACGGCAUCGAUCUCACCAAGCUCAAGUACCACUACAGCGAUGGUGUCCAGAACGUAUCGCCCGCCGAGGACCUGUCUGGUCAGUGGUACAAGGAAGAGGAGGACGAGGAUAAGGACAAGCAGGGCAAGGCAGUCGAAGACAAGGCCAAGACGCAGUGA